AAAGAGAAAUACUAAAAGGCUUUUAUGAUGGCUCCAAAACUGCUCUUUAUGGCAGAAAUUAUGCUAAAUAUCAGUGCACCCUUUAACCUUCAUUGUAGUUAAAUUAAGGUUUAGGACUUAAUUUUCAAUGUAGAGCGCAUUAGCUGCUCCAUUAUAUUUACACACAAACAAAGCAUUAUAUUUACUAAGCCAGUACAAAAAAGCACCACAGAGAUAAAUGCUUCACUCAUGAAGAUAUUACAUGAAAUGCAAUAAUAAUAAUAAUAAUAAUAAUAAAAAAUAAACUAAACCCACCAUUUUAGUAGCAUAGUAGUUAUUUACAGUAUCGGAUGCGGUGUUCAGUGGCAUUGUGUGGAUCCCAUCACUAGUGUAAGGUUGGAUGUAACAGCCAAAGAAACUGACACACGAACCCAGUCCUCUCAUCAUGAAUGUCUACAGUUAAGAAUUAAAUAUGAUGGCCAAUACAUGUUUUUAAUGUUUAAUUGUUACUUGCUUUUUUACUGAUUUGUUAAGAUAAAAUCUAAUCUUUAAAUGAGAUUUCUAAAUAAAAGAUUCCUAUAUUCAUGCAGAUUAUGUACUUAUUUAACAGUUAUUCACUGUGAAGCAUUAGGCCUAGGAUUGCUUACAUUUCUUCACUAGAACUUAAAAACUUACAUUUGGUCAUUGGGCCAGUGAGGCUACUGCGUGAAGAUGAUGCUCAUAAUUAUGUUCUAUGGUAACCAAGCCAAUGUGUUUUACAUUAAGCACAUGUUUAAAGCCUAUUCUCAUGAUCAGAAAAGACUUUUUACUCUGCACUUCACAUAUACUUAUUGUUCUUGCUAUUAAAAGAAAGGCCAUUAUCCUGUGAUGACAAACUGGAGUCUCAGAAUAGACAGAUUUGUUUUUUUCUCUCCCAUCUCUUGAGUUGAUGAGAAUGGAUGGGCAGCUGAUUGGGUUUGUUUAGGUUUGGCUCUUAUUCUGGUGGUCCCACUCAAGGGCAGAGGGCUUGUUAUGUCUCACACACAGCACCCUGCAGCGGGUGAUGAAAGCCUGAGACUCUCUCUGGCCUCCAGAGUACAACCCGCACACUUUGAUGGCAUGUGCACAUCGCUGGAAAAACGUGUACUAUCAAACGGAGCACAUCCUACCACAUGGCUACUGCUCUGUGAUCCCACCAACAUUACAGGGCAGGACCCAGGCUCUCAUUCCGUGUUAUGAAGAUCAUAAGAAGACAUAUGGGGAAGAACAUGGCUCAUGCCAGGCAGGAAUCGCAGGAGCUUUCAUGGAGGAGCUGGUUGUCAUGGGAGCACCUGGAUCAUACUACUGGACUGGAACAGUGAAAGUAUUCAAUAUCACCUCUAAUACACAAUACAGUCUCGACAAAAAUCAGUUGAUUUCUCAAAGAUACAGUUACCUAGGCUAUGCAGUAACAGCUGGUCACUUCUCCUCACCUGUUGCCACCGAUAUCGCUGCUGGUGCACCUCAGGAUGGUGGUGGAGGAAAAGUUUACGUCUUCAGAAUCGACGGUGUCUCUCUUGUAAAGGUCUUUCAAGCCUCAGGGAAAAUGAUGGGCUCAUACUUUGGCUCCUCACUGUGUGCAGUUGACCUGAACGCAGAUGGACUCUCAGACCUACUGGUCGGGGCACCGAUGUUCAGUGAGGUUCGGGAUGAAGGCCAGGUGUCUGUUUACAUGAGCAGGGGCAAUGGGGUGAUGGAGGAUGCGGUGGUUUUGAAUGGAGACAAUGCGUACAAUGCUCAUUUCGGAGAGUGUAUCAGUGCCAUUGGGGACAUCGAUGAUGACGGGUAUCAAGAUGUGGCGAUAGGAGCUCCCAAAGAGGACGACUUUGGGGGUGCAGUGUACAUCUACCAUGGUGAUGCUAAAGGAAUCGUCAACAAGUACUCAAUGAGAUUGUCUGGGCGAAGCAUCAAUCCAACCAUCCAAAUGUUUGGCCAGUCAAUAUCUGGCAAUGUGGACAUGGAUGGAAACGGAUAUCCAGACGUGACAAUCGGUGCAUUCAUGGCAGACAGUGUGGUGUUAUUAAGGUCGAAACCGGUAAUCACAGUGGAUGUGUCCAUCUUUCUGCCGGCCUCCAUAAACAUCACUGUUCCUCAGUGUCAUGAAGGUCCACAACAUCUCAACUGCUUUAAUGUCACUCUCUGUAUGUGCUUCAAUGGGAAACUUGUGCCAGGACAGAUAGAGCUGCUGUACAAUCUAACAGCGGAUGCAGAAAAGCGAUACAAAGGCCUGUCAUCACGGGUUUACUUCACACAUGGUGGAGAGCAGACUGGUGCUGUGAGUCAGAACUUCAGCCUUAGAUUCAACCAGCAGAAAUGCCAUCACUACACAGCUUAUGUACGGAAAGAAGUGAAGGAUGUGUUUGCAGCCAUCACUUUUGAGGCAUCGUACAGCCUGGGCAAGCAUGUGCUGGAUGAACAUCGUGAGAAUGAGCUUGCUUCACUCUCGCCUGUGCUGCGCUGGAGGAAAGGAGACAAGAUUGCAGCAAGGAAUGAGACUUGGUUUGAGAAGAACUGCCUGUCCGAUGACUGUGCUGCUGACCUAAAGCUGCAUGGCACACUGCUGCUUUCAGGGCAUCACGUCGGGCCUCAUCUUGCUCUUGGAGGAGUGAAAAACGUCUCUCUGAACAUAACCAUCAUCAACGCUGGUGAUGACGCUUAUGACACCAACAUCUACCUAAAUUUUUCCAGGGAGGUUCACUACAUAAACUUUCUGCAGAGGGAAGAGAAAGGCAUUUCCUGUGAACUGAUUCAGCUAGACUUCCUCAAAUGCAGUGUGGGAUUUCCUUUCAUGAGAGCACAGACUAAGUAUCAUCUGUCUGUACUUUUUGACACAAGUCAUCUGUCUGGUGAAAAUAACACACUGCUGUUUUUAGCACAUGCCAGAAGCGCCAACCCAGAACAUGAGAACAAAUUACAUGAUAACACGUUGGAGCUGUCUAUCCCACUGAUGCACGAAGUGGACACAGCUGUCACUGGUCUGGUUAAUCCUUCCUCAUUCGUGUAUGGAAAUUCUAUUGACCCUUCUCGCUUUGUUCAUCUGGAGGACUUAGAGUGCAACUUCCAGCCUCUCAACUUUACUUUUCAGGUGAUAAACAAUGGGCCAAGCAGACUUCCGGGCUCCACUGUGGACAUAAGGAUACCCAACAGACUAGUGGGAAAUGGAGCCGACAUGUUUCACAUCAUAGACACAGAAGUAGCUGAGGGCAAAGGGAACUGUUCAUGGCACAGAAACCCCACACCGUGCAUCAUUCCCCAGGACAGAGAGAGUAUUUUCCAUACCAUCUUUGCAUUCUUCACCAAGUCUGGCAGGAAGGUCUUGGACUGUGACCGGCCAGGAAGAGCCUGUCUAACCAUUUCCUGUAGGCUAGGAUCCCAAGCUAAAGAUGAAGCUACAAUUAUUGAUGUGCAAAUGCUACUGAAUACUGAACCACUAAAGAAAGACAGCUCCUCGGUUAUUCAGUUUGUGACACGAAGUCAUGUCCAAAUAGACAGCCGGGCUAUGGAGGUGUCCGGUGGCCUACCAGAGGACAUUUCACUGGUGUUUGAGGCAUUGCACAGUCAGGAGCCCAGGGGUUAUGUGGUGGGCUGGAUCAUUGCCAUCAGUCUGCUAGUGGGGAUCCUCAUCUUCCUCCUGCUGGCUGUGCUGCUCUGGAAGAUGGGAUUUUUCAGGCGGCAUUACCGAGAGAGAAUAGAGGCAGAAAAGAACAGGAAAGACAGCGAUGAGAGCUGGGAUUGGGUUCAGAAGAGUGAAUGAAAGCCUGGAGUUGUUUCAGAUGACCCACUAAGCUGCUACCUUCACCACAGCCAUGUCCUUAGACCCACUAUCCAUAUCGUCUUCCAUAUGUGGAAGAGAAGAAUAUUCUCCAAAUUUUUCGGAGCCUUGACACUUUUUUUUAGGUA